GUUCGCGAGUUUAAAAUUAUUUUUUAAUUUUAUUUGAUUAUUUAAUAAAUUUUACUAAAUAUUUUAUUUUAUUUAAUAAGCAAAAUUUACAAUUUGUUUUUUUUUUUGUAUAAAAUUUUGCAAGAAAGAUUUGUAAGUAUAACAAACAGAUAAACAUUCAAUAAGCAAAUGAUGAAGUCGAUAGCUAUAACACUUUUAUUAUUAAUUGCAUUUGAAAAUAAUACUAGUUUUGGAUACAUUAUUGAUCCUGGUCCACAAAUAAAAGCAACGAAUGGUGAAGUUUGGCCAAGACCAAAAUUUGAACAAAAAACUCCUAAAUAUUUUGUUAUUGAUCCAGAUAAUUUUGAUUUCAGUGUUAUUGGACGAACAUGUGAUAUAUUAGAAGAUGCUGUAGUACGCUAUAAAAAUAUUAUUAAAAAUACUGUAAAAAGUAUUUUACGAUCAACUUUAACAAAUUACCAUUAUCACAACAAACCAAUAACACAAAUUACAAUUAAUUUAACAUCACCUUGUGAAUUUAUGCCAAAUUUAACAAUGGAUGAAUGGUAUUAUUUAUCGGGAUCAGGUAAUAUACUUGCUCAUUCUAUUUGGGGUAUUCUUCGAGGUUUGGAAACUUAUUCACAAUUAAUUACUCCAGCUAAUAAUGGCCUGUUAAAAAUUCGUGAUGUAAGAAUACGCGAUUCUCCACGUUAUCCUCAUCGUGGCCUUUUAUUAGACACAUCACGACAUUUUAUGGAAAUGAAAACAAUUUAUGAUGUUUUGGAUGGUAUGGCUUAUAAUAAAUUGAAUGUUUUUCAUUGGCAUAUAGUAGACGAUCAUUCGUUUCCAUAUCAAAGCAUAAAAUAUCCAGAAUUAUCUGAAAAAGGAGCUUAUUUACCUGAUAUGGUAUAUUCACAAAAUGAUGUAGCUAGUGUUAUUGAAUACGCUCGGUUAAGAGGAAUACGUGUUAUAGCUGAAUUCGAUGUUCCUGGACAUACAAGAUCAUGGGGAAAUUCACAUCCAGAGUUGUUGACUGAAUGCGGUGAACCUUACAAGGGUAAAUUGGGACCAUUGGAUCCAAUUUCUGAAGAAUCUUAUAAAUUCAUGGAAAAUUUUAUUGAAGAAAUUGUUCAAGUUUUUCCCGAUAAAUACAUGCACUUGGGUGGGGAUGAAGUUGGUUUUGAAUGUUGGGAUAGUAAUUCUACUAUUAGAAAUUAUACAAAAGCAAAUAAUUUAACUUAUACUCAUUUACAAAAGAAAUUCAUGGAAAAAGUUACACGAAUGGCAACAAAUAACUCCGUCAACCCAAUUGUUUGGCAAGAAGCUAUGGUCGAAAACGUUAAUAUGCCAGAAGGAACAGUUGUUCAAGUUUGGUUAGGUGAUUGGAGAAAACUUUUUAGUGAAUUUACUAAUGCUGGUCAUCAUGUGUUACUUAGCGAAUGUUGGUAUUUAGAUCAUUUGUCCACUGGUGGUGAUUGGUUAAAGUAUUAUCGUUGCGAACCAGAAAAUUUCAAUGGAACUAAUGAACAGAAAAAACUUGUACUAGGCGGAGAAGCAUGUAUGUGGUCUGAAGUUGUGAACAAUAACAAUGUUGUUCAAAGAAUAUUUCCACGUGUUUCAGCAACGGCUGAACGUCUCUGGUCACAAGAAUUUAUACGUGAUGAAAUUGAUGCUAAAAGACGUUUAGAAGAACAUACGUGUAGAAUGAUUUUAAGAGGAAUUCCAGCUCAACCACCUACUGGUCCAGGAAUAUGUUAAAAAAAAGUCAAACAAUUACAUAGAUUUUAUAUACAAUUUAAUUUAGUAAAAAAAUUUUAUUUUUUAUACACUAAAUACAAUUUUUAAUAAAAAUAAAAAUUUUAAAAUAAAUUUCAAAUUUCAUUAAUAUUAUUUUUGUUAACAUAAAAAAACUUCUACUUUAACGAU